CUAGUUUUGACUUUUCAGAUGAGAAGGAGCCGUCGCCCAUUGAGCCAGCGUUGGUCCUCCGUUCCGUCUCUCUCUGUGCUGCAAUCCGAGAAAGAGGUGGAGAAGCAGACGAUCUCAUGGAUCUCAACGUUUGGAAUAGCUUGACCAUGAACUCUGUGGUUGGAUUGUGGUCCCUACACUUUUGAUGCACGUAAGUAGGAAGGAGAAGCAAUAAAGAAUUCCUCAUGGCCAGAAAAGCCAACAGUUGUGCCCUAUGUGAAAAUUCAAAUCUUCCUUCCAUUUGUGUUUCUUGUGUGAAUUACAGAGCUAAUAAUUAUUACGCGACACUGAAAGUCUUACGUGAGGCUUGCGACUGUACAUAUGUGAAGCUUAGUGGGAAACUAAUUGUGAAGCGCAAGGCAGAUGAACAGCAUAACUGGAGAAUUCUUGAAAAUGAGAAACUUGUGCACUUGAAAGAGAGGUUACGUGUUAUGGAGAUACAGCUUGCUAAAGGUAGGGCAACAGUUGCAAAGAGGUCGCAGGAACUGAGGGCUCGUUUUGAGUUGCUGGAUUCAGCUCGUCUUAUGUUGGAAAGAAAUCGUGUGGAAUUGCUGGGAAAAUUUUAUCCUAAUCUCAUUUGCACACAGAGCUUGGGGCAUAUGGCAAUCACAACAGAACUUCUUCACAAGCAAUCCGUGGUCAUAAAGCAGGUGUGCAGACUGUUUCCACAACGACGAGUCUCUGCAGAGGGAGAUAGAAGGGAUGUCUCCAUUGGUUGUCAGUAUGACCAAAUUUGUAAUGCACGGUUGCCUAGAGGACUGGACCCACAUUCUGUUCCAUCUGAGGAGCUUGCAGCAUCUCUUGGAUAUAUGGUGCAUCUACUGAAUCUUGCUGUUCGAUACCUAGCUGCUCCAGUGCUUCACAAUUCUGGUUUUGCUGGAUCCUGCUCUCGCAUAUGGCAAAGAGAUUCAUACUGGGAUGCUCGUCCAGCAUCCAGAAGCAAUGAGUAUCCCCUUUUCAUUCCACGUCAAAACUCCUGCUCAACCAGUGGGGAUAAUUCGUGGUCUGAUAGAAGUGCUAGUAACUUUGGCAUUACAUCAAUGGAGUCAGAAAGAAAACCCCAGCUGGAUGGUCCAGGAAACAGUAGUUUUAAUUAUUCUAAUGCCUCUCCACACACAGUGGAAACACACAGGGAAUUGCAGAAAGGAAUUUCUCUUCUCAAGAAGAGUGUGGCAUGUGUUACAGCUUACUGCUACAACUCAUUACAUUUGGAUAUUCCCACUGAAAUGUCAACAUUUGAAGCCUUUGCAAAGUUGUUGUAUACUUUAUCUUCAGCAAAAGAAGUCCGAUCUAUCCUUUCUUCAAGGAUGGCAUGCUCAAGAUCUCCUAAGCAAGUUCAGCCAUUGAACCAAUCCAUUUUGCAUGAACAAUAUCUUGGGAACUCUUCAACAUCAUCCCGAAUUAUGGAUGAAAGCCUGCACAUUAGAACCCCCAAGCAGCUUGGCUUUGAGAAUAUGAAUAUCACUAGUUCUGCUCCUAGUUUUCUUUACACAACUGAGCCAGUUGAUGCUAAGAACGUUGAAAGUCUUGUUGAAGGCUGGGAUAUCAUUGAGCAUCCUACCCUUCCUCCACCUUCGCAGGCAGAAGAUAUUGAACAUUGGACUCGUGCAAUGAUCACAGAUGCUACAAGAAAAUAAGGAUUGCACUUCUAUUUAAAGGUGACUAUAAACUUCGAACUCGUCAAAUUCUUGUGGUUUCGGGAUGUUGGAUGCUGCCGUGGCUUUUGUUACAUGAGACAAACUCGUAGACAAAGUUUCCAAUUGCUAGCAGAAUGGAAAGAUCCAAGCGGUGAUGGCCGAAAUGGAAAUGUAUAGUCCAUGAAACAUGGCAAUGUGCAUUCAGAGAGCAUGGCCCCAUGCUUGUGAAAUAUCCAAACAGCAUGGAAAGCUUUGGCAACAGAGUUCUGGAGUCCUGCAAUGACCCUAGAUCAUUACGAUGCAAAGCUGCUGGGAGCGAUCCCUCCCUCCUUUACUCACAAUGACCCUGAGUUACUGCUGCUGUAUAUUGUUGAUCAUCACGUGUAAAUAUCAAACAAAAUAAAUCAUAUUUAAUCGGAAUUGUAGUGGUCGUUUGACAAAACCCGGAUUCGGAGUGUAUUUCUCGUAAUGGUUGACUGAUUUAUGGUACGUAACUCAUAUCUUGAUUACUGC